UCUUAGAUCAAUUUUCAUGAUUUGAACUUUUACAAAAUUAACAUUCCAGUAUAACCAGUAUAUUCAGCUCCCUCUCCCAUGCUCUCUUCUAGUUGAUAUCCACCCCAGGAUAAACCAUAUCCUCAAUCUAAUACUGUAGUUUUGACUGUGUUUUUGAACUUCAUGUAAAUGGAAUCAUAUAUAUUCUUUUGUUCAUGGUUCUUUCACUCAGUAUUAUUUCCAUGAGAUUCAUUAAUCUUGUUUGUGUAGUUUUAGUUCAUCCAUUCUUUUUUUUAAUUAAAUCAUAACUGUGUACAUUAAUGCAAUCAUGGAGUACACUGUGCUAGUUUUAUAUACAACUUGAAAUAUUUUCAUCAGAGCCCCAGUGCAGACUUAGUCCAGGUCGUGGCCCACAGGUUUAUUUUUCUUUCCCUGUAGACUAAAGGCCACUGCCGCAAACAUGCUUCGCCAGAUCCUCGGUCAGGCCAAGAAGCAUCCAAGCCUGAUUCCCCUCUUCGUAUUUAUUGGAGCCAGAGGUACUGGAGCAGCACUGUAUGUCUUGCGUCUGGCAUUGUUCAAUCCAGAUGUUAGUUGGGACAGAAAGAAUAAUCCAGAACCAUGGAACAAACUGGGUCCCACUGAUCAAUACAAGUUCUAUUCAGUGAAUGUGGAUUAUAGCAAACUGAAGAAAGAAGGUCCAGACUUCUAAACCAAAUGUUUCACAAUAAAGCUGCUUAGAAAGAAGGUCUUCCAGAAGCCAUCCACACAAUUUUCCACUUAACCAGGAAAUAUUUUUCCUCUAAAUGCAUGAAAUCAUGUUGAUGUAUUGUGUUGAGGAUUACACUGAUUAAUAAAUAUCCGAAAC